AUGGCAAGAAGGAGAAAGGGUCGACAAAGGGUUGACAUAGUGAAAAUGAAAAAUGAGAGUAACUUACAAGUUAUGUUCUCUAAGCGUCGUGCUGGUGUCUUCAAAAAGGCUAGUGAACUUUGUACAUUGUGUGGUGCUGAAAUUGCCAUUGUGGUAUUUUCCCCGGGAAAGAAAGUUUACUCCUUUGGCCACCCUUCAGUGGAAUUGUUGGUGGAUAGGUUCCUAGGGAGGAGCCUUCCUCCACCAAAUUAUGAUGGCCGUCACAACCAUCUCCUCAUAAAUCAUCGAAAUGUUGUUCUUCGUGAGCUCAAUAAGGAGGUCAUGAACAUGGAGGAGAUUCUCCAGAUGGAGAAAGCCCGCGGAGAGUCCAUACUAGAAAUUAGGAGGAGAGUUAAUGGUGGUUGGUGGGAAGCUCCCAUCAAUGCACUUAACCUCUCCCAACUUCAACAAUUGAUGGAGGCAAUGGGAUUUCUAAAACAAGAACAACAAAUGUUGACUAAUGUUGGACUCCCAUUUCUCACAUUUGGAAGUGCUCUGUCUCCUAAUACUAAUGGUGCUAUGGCAAGUUCUUCACAUGGACUCAAUAUUGGUACACCCUUUGCUAAUAGGGCUUAG